AUGGAUAAGUCUUGGAUGAAAAAACCAAGAAAUUCAAUUGAGUAUGUCGAAGGAGUUAGGGGAUUUAUUGAUUUUUCCUUUCAACAUAGUUCAAUUGAAGGCAAAAUAUUAUGCCCAUGCUCACCGUGUGGUUUUAGAAAGUGGCUGUCUAAGGAAACAGUCUAUGAUCAUUUGUUGUGUAAGAAAUUCCCCGAAGGAUACACCUUUUGGUUCUACCAUGGAGAGUCGAAGGUUGCGUCAACUAGUAAUGUUGGUGGUGGAGCACAUUCUUAUGGUGUUCAGGACCAGAAUGUUGAUGCAGAUCCAAUGUUUAACAUGAUCAAUGAUGCUUUUGGCAUAAAUAGGCAACACGACAAUGAAGGUCAAUUUCAAUCAAACGAAAAUAAUGCAGAGGACGAGGGAACGACACAGAAUGCUGCAACUGAAGAAGUAAGUGCAGAUAAAGAAUUUUAUGAGGUAGCAAGAGAUGGAGAACUACCAUUGUAUGAAGGGUGUGUUAAAUAUUCAAAGUUGUCAUUCAUUGUGAAGUUGUAUCAUAUAAAGUGUUUAUGUGGGAUGACUGACAAAUCCAUGACUAUGAUAUUAGAGUUACUGAAAGAUGCUUUUGAACAUGCAAAUAUUCCAGCUUCAUUCUAUGAGGCGAAGAAAAUUAUUACAAAGUUGGGACUGGACUACAAGAACAUACAUGCUUGUCCAAAAAAUUGUAUGUUGUAUUGGGGAGAGGAAGAUGAAAGUAGACAAAGUUGCAAGGUUUGCCAUACCUCUAGAUGGAAACCGCCCGUUAAAGAAGUAAGUGAUGGUACAUCUUCUCAACAAGGACAAAAGAAGCGUAACGUGGCUGCAAAAAUCGUUCGCUACUUCCCACUCAAACCUCGUUUGCAGAGGUUAUUUUUAUCAACAAAGACAGCUGAAGAUAUGAGAUGGCAUGCGAUCCCGAAUGGUGCAAAUGAUGGCUUGAUGAGACAUCCUAGAGACUCUGAAGCAUGGAAGAAGUUUGAUGAGUUGCACACAUCAUUCUCUUCUGACCCACGAAGUGUUCGACUCGGUUUAGCCACUGAUGAUUUUAAUCCUUUUGGUAAUAUGAGUUCCAAUUACAGUAUUUGGCCAGUCAUUUUGAUUCCUUACAACACCCCUCCAUGGUUAUGUAUGAAGUCGACGUCUUUUAUCAUUUCAACCAUCAUCCCUGGUAAAAGAAUGCCAGGGAAUGACAUCGAUGUGUUUCUACAACCUUUGAUAAAAGAGUUGAAAGAAUUGUGGCAAGAUGGUGUAGAUGCUUAUGACGCUUUCACACAGGAAAAGUUCAAACUAUAUGCAGCACUAAUGUGGACGAUAAGUGAUUUUCCCGGGUUGGGAAAUCUAUCUGGCUGGAACACAUACACCGGCCUAGCUUGUCCGUCAUGCAACUUUGAUUUUGAACCUUGUCGUCUUAAUCAUAGUAAGAAAUGGUGUUUUAUGGGUCAUCGACGCUUUCUUGAUCAAAGACAUAGAUUUAGGUUGAACAAGGUUCGAUUUAAUGGAAAGCAAGAUCUGCGUAAUCCUCCAAAUUUGUUGUCUGGUUGUGCAAUACUUGAACAAGUGCAGAAUAUUAAUGUCACAUUCGGCCGCAAAACUAAUGUUAUUGGAAGAGGAAAAAGAAGACGUGUUAGUGACCGUCACACAAAUGGCAACACCCAGCAAUGGAAAAAGAAGAGCAUUUUUUUUGAACUUCCAUAUUGGAGGCAUAAUCUAUUGCGUCACAAUCUUGAUGUGAUGCACAUUGAGAAGAAUGUUUGUGACAAUAUCAUUUUCACGUUGCUUAAUGAUUCCUCUAAGUCAAAAGAUCAUCUGAAUGCUCGAAGAGAUCUUAAAGUAAUGGGUUGUAAGCAUGAUCUUUGGCCAGAUGACAAUGGAAAAUAUCCUCUAGCAAUCUAUACAAUGAAUAAUCAAGGCAAGAAGAUGUUUCUAUCAACAUUGAGGAAUAUCAGUGUACCAGAUGGUUAUGCAAGCAACAUCUCUAGGUGCAUUGAUGUUGAUUCUAUGCGAUUGAAUGGAAUGUUGAAAAGUCAUGAUUGUCAUAUAUUGAUUGAGAAAUUACUCCCAUUGGCCACACGAAUAACAUUGUCAGAUAAUGUUUCAAGAAUUUUAAUUGAGUUGUGUUCAUUUUUCAAACAGUUGAGCGAUAAUGUGUUGAAUGUUGCAAAUUUGGAUAAAUUGCAACGUGAAGUUGUGCUCACGCUAUGUCACAUGGAAAUGUUAUUUCCUCCGUCAUUCUUCACAGUCAUGGUUCAUUUGAUCGUUCAUCUUGUUGAGGAAGCCAAACUAGGAGGACCUGUUCAAUAUAGGUGGAUGUAUCCUAUUGAGAGAUAUUUGGGACAACUUAAAUCAUAUGUGCGUAAUAGAGCUCGACCAGAAGG